UAGCACUCAUCCAUUGACAUACAAUUCUUUAUUACUGUGUAGUUAUUUUGUCCAUUAAUGAAAUAAAAGAUACGCCACAGUUAAGGCCCGGAGGGGGAGAUGACUAAGGAGGAUGUGUCAGAGCCUGUGGAGGGCGACACAGUCCCGGGCAGUCGGCUGGGACUGUCCCAUCAGCGUCCAAUGAUCCACCCAGUCGCCUCAGCUCCCAUACCCAGUGAAUGCGAGUUCUCCUUCUUUGACCCGGGUGACUCCAGAUGCAAGGAGAUCCUGGAAGAUCCUAGCACCACAGUCCCAGAGCUGUUUGCUGUGCUCAGACAGUGGGUGCCCCAGGUCCAGAAGAACAUCGAUGUCAUUGGCAAUGAGAUCCUUAAAAGAGGCUGUGGUGUGAAUGAUCGGGACGGUCUGACAGAUAUGAGCCUUCUGCACUACUGCUGCAAAGCGGGGGCUCCAGGCAUAGGUGAUGCAGACCGGGCAGCUGCUUUUGCUCGGCAGCUCCUAGCUCUGGGUGCAGAUCCAAACCUGCGCUCUCGCUGGACAAACAUGAAGGCUCUGCACUAUGCGGCCUACUUCGAUGUGCCCCAGCUCAUUCGUGUGGUGCUGCAGACAGCUCUGCCCGGAGAGGUAGAUGCCACUUGCAGUGACUUUGACUUUGGCACAGCCUUGCAUAUCGCUGCGUCCAAUCUGUGCACCUCAGCUGUCAAGUGUCUGCUGGAAUCAGGAGCAAACCCUGCUUUCAGAAAUGACAAAGGCCAAUGUCCAGCUGAAGUGGUCCCUGAUCCUUUGGACAUGCCUUUAGAAAUGGCAGAUGCAGCAGUCGUGGCCAAGGAGUUGUGCACUAUACUAAGGGACGUAUUACCCCGGCCUUCCUCCCCUGCGCCCCUCCCCCUACAGACCCACAUCCCCCCACUGUCCGAAAAGGCCCGGGGGCAGCUCGCCAACAUGGGGCUGCGGCUCGGCGACCGUGUCAUGAUCGCCGGACAGAAGGUGGGGACCCUGCGUUUCUGUGGCAGCACGGACUUUUCGUCAGGCCUGUGGGCCGGAGUGGAACUGGACAAACCCGAGGGCAAGAACGAUGGAUCAGUGGCAGGAGUCCAGUAUUUCCACUGUCGCUUCAGAUAUGGCAUAUUUGCACCACUUUCCAAAAUAGCCAAACCCCUGGAGAGACUGAAACCUGGAAUUAUGAGGACUUCCACGCCUAUCCGCCCGCCACGCAAAGUUGACUUGUCCCGGGUCACUUCUAAGGUUAACACAGGUUUAUUGUCCCGCUCUCUCUCUUCCUCGUCUUCCUCUCUGGACUCUCGCCCCCGCCCCGCCCGUCCCCGCCCUCUGCCGCGACAGAGACCACCAGCCCGCCACCGCAGAGAACGCCCUUCACUCAGCCCGAGGACGACCCCAUCACCAGCUUCAAGACUGUCCUCUACUACUUCAGGUGUCCGCAGCCGCACCCCAUCAGCCAACAGUUGUGAGGGCUCAGAAGUACGCCUCGGGGACCGGGUGCUGGUAGUGGGACAGAGGACAGGGGUGGUGCAGUACUGUGGGGAAACUGCCUUUGCCCCAGGCCUUUGGUUGGGAAUUGAAUUGGACAAACCAAGUGGAAAAAAUGAUGGAUCAGUUGGAGGAGUGAGGUACUUCAGCUGUCCACCGAAACAUGGAGUUUUUGCUCCCCCAUCUCGUGUUCAAAGGAUCCAUGGGUCAGUGGACUGCCUCUCUGAGCUAUCUUCAGCGCGUCUCUCUCACUCAUUCAGUGGGUCGAUGCAGCGCAGUUUCAGCUCCACGUCUGCACUGGCUGUUCCCAAGGACUCAGGCAGAAGAAGCAGUGCUGUGAGCAGAAGCCGCUCCGCCCCUCACCGUCGCCGCUGGAGAGCACUCAGUGGAGGCAGUGGAGGUUCUGGCCCAGCAGGCUCUGCCCCGGGGCAGGUGCGGCUCCGAGUGGGCAUGCAGGUGCUGCUGAACAGUGCCAAUGAGAUGGCCUUUAUCCGCUACCUGGGCACUGCAGACUUUGCCUCAGGGCUUUGGCUGGGGCUGGAGCUCCGCACUCCAAAGGGGAAGAAUGACGGGUCUGUGGACGGGCGUCGCUACUUCUCCUGUCGCCCUGGAUACGGCGUGCUGGUCCGCCCCAGCAGGGUCACCCACAGAGGCAUCAAUGGCUCGCUGCUGGUUGCUGACAACAGUUGAGGACUUUUCUACCUAAAACAUUACAGAGACAUUUUGCUAUUUAUUUUCUUUAUUAUCUUUCAACUCAUUUUUUAUACUAACGUUUGCAUGCUCUGUGCGCCAUCAUGGCACUUUGCACUACAUGUGGCAGACUGACUCACUUAAAUUUUCGUGUCAAUUCAUCAUGGAUGGCAGCAUCCAUAUGCGUAUGAAGCUGGUCUACGACCAAAUGGAAGUGUUAAAGGCAGGAGCACAGUGACUGUAUUAAACUCUCACUAGCAGCAGCACAGCCUCCACCACAGAGAGCUUUGCUGAAGAAAGUUUUCUGCUAGAAACUUUGAUCCAGAUUCGUCCCCAGAACUGCUCCAUUUGAUCUGUUCUUACAUUUUUGGUCAGGCUGCUCUUUUGUAAAGUUCUUUCCAUUGAAAUUUUAGAAUUUAACAGCGUUAUCUGUGCAGCUGCAUGGGGCUUGUUCUGUUAAGUACAUGCAAAAACCAAAAGCACUUUAUAGAAAUUCUUGUUAGAAUUAGUUUUGGAAGAAUAAGUAUAAGGGAGUCCAAAUUUGCACUACCUAAUUCUCUUGCCCUGAAAGACAUAUAAAUUAGCAGAUAUUUAAAGAUAAUUUUUAUCCUGUGAGAAAAUAUUUUAUUUAAUUGUAUCAGCAGGAAAUGUUGCUAAAGCACAACUAAAAUGCUAGAAAUUUGUGUAUUAUAUUUCUAUUGACGAAAAGCACUUUUAUUCAGUCAAUCCCCAUUUAAAAUGCAGGACCUGGAGAGCAA